CAUUUGCAAAAACAUCUUCAUAUUAUCCAAUAAAAACAAAAACCCUAAAAAAAACAGUACUUGUGAACAUUAUAUUGCAUCGUUCGCAUGGCGAGAAACACAGUAGUAAUAAAUGUUGUUGUUAGUGUUAUUGUCUGUGUAGUUGUAGUGUUUUGUCCGGGCAGUGUUACCUCAGACGACACGGUUCCUAUUCCUCAACAAAAGUCUGCGGUAGAGGGUUGGUUCAAAGCCAACGUUCAACCCCUUCCAGGCAGAAAGGGUUUGGACCCUGCCCUCACAACGGCGGAGGCCGCCCCAGUGCACAUUGGGGUCGGAAAAGGAGGCAAAUUCAAAACCAUUCAAGAAGCCGUCAACUCCAUUCCUGCUAAAAACACAAAGCGUUAUAUCAUUAACAUAGCAGGUGGGAUUUAUAAGGAGAGAGUGAAGAUCGACUACGGUAACCAUUUCAUCACCUUAUAUGGUGAUCCUAAGGAUAGGCCAACUAUAGAUGCUGCUGCUACGGCUGCUCAAGUUGGUACCGUAAACAGUGCCACUUUGCAUGUUUUGUCGGAUUACUUUAUGGCCGUUAAUAUUAACGUUAAGAACUCAGCUCCCAGGCCCAGUGGUAAACCGAAUCAGCAAGCUGUGGCUCUGACCAUAGCCGGUGACAAGGCUGCAUUCUAUAACUGUAAAUUUUAUGGAUUCCAAGACACCCUUUGUGAUAAUAUUAACAAACAUUUCUAUAAGGAUUGUUACAUUGAAGGCACGGUAGAUUUCUUCUUUGGCGGUGCCAAGAGUAUCAUUUUGAACACAGAACUGCAUGUUAUCCCAGGUGGGAUGGCGUUUAUUACGGCACACGCUCGGAAAAGUGCAAAAGAAGACACAGGAUACUCUUUCGUACAAUGCCGAGUUACCGGGGAUGCCAAAUCUAGGAUUGCAGUACUAGGAAGAUCAUGGUAUCCUUUUGCUAAGGUCGUAUUUAUCUAUUCUGAUAUUUGUGGUGCCAUUAGACCGGAGGGAUGGUUUGGGGUGCACAACAGUCUUACCGAUGGAGAGACGACAUACUUUGGAGAGUACAAGAAUACAGGGGCAGGAUCUGACAUGGCUAAACGUCCCAAGUUCGUUAAGAGGCUGACAGAUGCAGAAGCGAAGCCAUUCAUCACCCUGGCUUUCAUCGAGGCUUCCAAGUGGUUGCUUCCCCCAAUCACCAAAGCUGUUCAAGUCAAUUCAACCCAAUUCAUAUCAAGGUUAAAUUAAAAGAAAACAACCUGCGAACUCAAGCCUAGCAUAUAUACUUUACGAUGAUCAAUACAUAUAUAUAUAUAUAGAGAGAGAGAGAGAGAGAGAGAGAAUAAUGUAUUGUCGACCAAUAAGAAACAAUGCUGCGACGGCGGCAGCCCCAAUUCAAAGCCACUUCGAUCAGUUAAUUAGUUUGUGUGGUCGUUGUUUGUUUGGUGUAGGUGGUUAGGGUUAGUUCUGGGGCUGCGGGUCUUCAUGGCUGCAUGGCUCACUUAUUGAUCAAUCAUCAAUACAUUCUCGUCUUUUUCUCUUUUUCCUUCCA